GCGGUGCCGCCCUGGCGGCGCCGGCAGGGGGCGCUGAGGGGACAGCGCGGCGCCCGCCCCUUCCCGCCGCCGCCGCCGCCGCCGCCAUGGCGGCCUUGCCCCGCCACCGCCGCUUCCUCGGCGGCUUCGUCUGCGGGGCCGCGGCCGGGGCCGCCGCGUCCUGCUGGGCUGCCUGGCGGCUCCUCCGCAGCCAGAGCCAGCCGGAGCCGGGCCCCGGGCGGGCCCCGGCAGAGGAACCAGUAGAAGAGGCUCUGCUGGAAAGAUAUGGAUUCCCUGAGGCUGGAACAGAAACCAGAUGUUACACAAAUCAUGCGCUGUCUUAUGACCAGGCAAAACGGGUGCCUAGAUGGGUGAUUGAACAUAUUUCAAAACAGAAGACACUGGGCGAUGCAGACCGAAGGCACUGUAAAUUCAGACCAGAUCCCAACAUCCCUCUGAUGUUUAGUGCUGCCAAUGAAGACUACCUGGGGAGUGGGUGGUCACGAGGACACAUGGCACCAGCGGGAGAUAACAAAUUUUCAACAAGAGCUAUGGCUGAAACAUUUUACCUGUCUAACAUCGUGCCUCAGAAUUAUGAAAACAAUGCUGGGUUUUGGAACAGAAUGGAAAUGUAUUGUCGGGAAUUGACUGAGAGAUUUGAGGAUGUUUGGGUAGUUUCUGGACCUCUGACCUUGCCCCAAACAAAUGAUGAUGGAAAGAAGAGCGUUACUUAUCAGGUAAUUGGAAAGGAUGAUGUAGCUGUACCAUCCCACCUCUACAAGGUGAUCCUGGCCAGACGGAGCAGAACGUCAGCAGAGCCCUUGGUACUGGGGGCUUUUGUGGUGCCAAACGAUCCCAUAGGCUUCAGCCACCAGCUGACUGACUUCCAAGUAAAUAUUGAAGACCUGGAAAAAAUGUCAGGUUUAGUUUUCUUCCCCCAGGUGGACAAAACCAAAGAGGUUAAAAACAUCUGUGAGGUGGAUACCUGUAAACUGAUGGGCUUCAAGGAAUUCACGUUGUACAUCACUGCUCGGAAGGUGCAGAGUGCCCGUACCUUGCACCGGCUGGAGAAAGCCAUGUCAGAGCUACAGGAGGCAGGAAUUGAGCCUGAUGAGUAUCUUCUAAAGCUUUACAAGAAGAAGGAAGAAGAGCUACUGCAGGAAAAACAAGGAGCAGCUAGAGAGGGGAAAGCUGGCUAAGUACGUGUUCAGGAAGAUGUUUGGGGUUUUGUACUUUGAAAGGAGAACUGAAGGCAAACACGAAGACAAGGGCUCCUUGAAUCAUCCUUUUUUUGAAUUGUGAAAACAAUAAAGAAAUAUUUGGAAGCUGAUGGGUUUGGAAUAAUGUUCAUUCUUGUGUAACGUGAUGCACACACGUGGUUUGCUGCAGUACUUAGAUAUGGGAAGUGUAAACAACCCCUUUCUGGACCUCCAGGAAAGGCUUUGUGCUAUUUUCCAACUGAGACGUCAGACUUGGGGUUUGUAUGGAAUCCCUUCUAGGAAUAUCACAAAAAUAGACAGUAGACACCUUGGGAGUACAACUGGAACGUGUUUAAAUGUAAUUCCACCUGCAAAUUUCUCUCACAGAAAUGCUGUAAAAGCAAUGGUACUUUCUGGAAUUUUUUGAAAAUUAAAUUAAUUUAGAAAUAGUUCAUUUAACUCUCUUUUAUCAGAGACCUGUAAGACGUAAUCUGGAUUAUUUAUGGUCUUCACUUAGUUGUGUUCAUCAAAACCUCUCCUGACCUUGUGUGCUUUGGAUACUUCAGCAUGUCAGUAGCUGUCAACUGGUGUCAUUUGCAGCAAACUUCUCCCAUUUGUGUAUAGUUCUGCAAUUUUUUGUGAAAAACCCGAUAGAACUAGAGUUUACACAAGAUGCUACCAGUGUAGAUUGGGUCUUCAUGAAUUAUUGUAAGCUUAAUGUUUCAUUUUCACCUCCAAGUUUGGAUAAAUGUGUUUUCUUGCCUAUUGUUUGAUUUGAGAGGUGAGCACUGCCUGGUUUUUGGUUGUGGUAGUCACUCACUGGCUUUUUUCCCAGCACCUGUCUUUGGAGUAUAAGCUGUGCAACAAAACUUGUCUGUGAAAGCAGAAGAUUGACUGAAAAUACAUUUCCAGUUCCGUUUCAGAAGCAACUGAUGUUGCUCAGAUUGAAUGAAACUGCUUGGGAGAUUUAAUGAAUUUUUUUUUCAUUCCUUUUGUGCUUAAUUUGGGUAACUCAUUGUUACUUGUAUCCUCUGACAUUUUACAUUUGGAAAGAAAGAGUAAAAACUUGA